UUUGAAUUUGAUGUGCUUGGUGGUGGUGUUGGCAAUGGGUACAGCGGUGGGCAGGCCCAGGCCCAGGCAGAGGCAAAGGCCCAGGGCGUUCUUUGUGUUUGGAGAUUCACUUGUUGACGCCGGCAACAACAAUUACUUGGCAACCUCCGCGCGUGCUGACUCCCCUCCUUAUGGAAUCGACUAUCCCACUCGCAGGCCCACUGGCCGUUUCUCCAACGGCUUCAACAUCCCUGAUCUUAUCAGCCAGAAGCUCGGCGCCGAGUCUGCUCUGCCUUACUUGAGCCCCCAGCUGCGGGGGGACAAACUCCUAGUGGGUGCCAACUUUGCUUCUGCUGGAAUUGGCAUCCUCAACGACACUGGUGCCCAGUUUCUGAACAUAAUAAGAAUGUAUAGACAGCUGGACUACUUCCGAGAAUACCAGGGACGACUGGGCGCACUGAUUGGAGCGGCGCGAGCAAGAACGCUGGUGAACCAGGCAUUGGUGCUCGUCACCGUCGGCGGCAAUGAUUUUGUGAACAACUACUACCUGGUGCCUUAUUCUGCGAGGUCCCGCCAGUUUUCUCUGCCUAAUUACGUCAAGUUUCUAAUCGUGGAGUUUCGCAAACUCCUGCAGAGGCUUUACGAUCUGGGAGCACGCAGGGUUAUAGUGACGGGCACCGGACCGCUGGGCUGCGUUCCAGCAGAACUGGCAAUGCGAUCCACCAAUGGUGGUUGUUCUGCGGAGCUACAACGAGCUGCUGCAUUGUACAACCCUCAGCUCGAGCAUAUGCUGCAAGGACUCAAUAGCAAGCUUGGAAGACGCGUCUUCAUCGCCGCCAACACAGCUCGAAUGCACAGCGACUUCGUUUCCAACCCUGCAGCAUUUGGGUUUACCACCUCUAAAGUAGCUUGCUGUGGUCAAGGACCCUACAAUGGGCUAGGGUUAUGCACGCCACUCUCCAACUUGUGCCCCGACCGCAGCUUGUAUGCGUUUUGGGAUCCAUUCCACCCCUCCGAAAAGGCCAACAGACUCAUUGUGCAGCAGAUCAUGACCGGUUCUGCUGCAUACAUGAACCCUUUCAACCUCUCCACCGUCUUGGCUUUGGAUGCAUAAUCCCCUGAUCCAUUGCACACAUUCCACUUAAUCUCUUCAAUUGCAUAAUCACGCAUGCCGCUAAAUUUUUAUCAUUACGUGCACGCCUGCGCCUGCGUGUAUAAAUUUUUAAGAAUCCAAUCCAAUUAUAUGUUUUCGUUUAAUGCCUGCAAUGCAUGAACCCUUUCGGAACCCGAUUGAUCUAGUUCUCUAUCUAGAUGUUGUGUUUCAGUGCUGUGGAAUUAAAUAUAUCAGUCACCAAUCAAUUGGUUAUUCUAUUAACAUGUAUACUCCUGGAAUGGAUGUACUAUUUUAAUUGGCCUGGUUGUUAGGUGAUAGCAAGAAGAUAGAUCAGCUUAUAUAAGUCCAUGUUAUUUAGCUUUUCAAAAUGAGUUAUCCAUUUAUAUUUA